CUUUCUGUUUUCAGUGCGCCAAUAAGCCGCGCGCGUUCGCAUCUACCGCGUGAAGGCUGAGAUCAUAGAGAGAGAGAGAGCGAGGGAGGGGGAGACGGGGCUCCUUCUUUCUCCCCGGAGAGGGUGGAACGUCGACGGCGGCGGUGCGACGCUAUCAGCAGCAACGGCGGCGAUCGGCGUCGGGGUGCAGCCGUUAUCAUCCAGCUAUCAUAGCACAGUGCCACCCCAGAACGGAAGGGGUGGUUCGCCACUUCGUGUCGCGGCGAUGGUAGCAGCUGCCUCCGCUACGGCCACCGCCACUGCCAGCGUGGUGGCCAUGCAGGACCGCCAGGACAUCCCCUCGCAAUUCAAUCAGAUGCAGAGCCAACAUGGAAUACCCCCGCAAACGUACAACGCGGGGUACGGCCAAAGAGGACCAAUGGCAGGAAUGGGGCCAGUCGCGAUGAACAACUUCAACAGCAUGGGCACGAUGAGCCCGAUGCACGCUAUGAAUUCUAUGAAUUCGAUGAACAGUAUGAAUGGUAUGAACUCGAUGAAUCCUAUGACAAUGGGAGGGAUGAACGGUAUGAACGGUAUGACCGGUAUGAGUGCUAUGAGCGGAAUGACACCCAUGAACUCCAUGAGCAAUAUGGGUAACGUAGCCAUGAACAACAUGAUGGGACCCAACAACAUGCAAAUGAACAAGAUGCAGGUACGUGUCUAAGGCCCAGUUGUGGCGACUUACUCAGCUCGCGUCUCUCAGUUCUGCCGUGAUUCGCUACGAGAUCAUUCACGAGCGAGACUUCUCGGUCUUGCACGAGGGGUAAACCG